AUGGGCUGCAAAAUUCGAGUCACGGCGUUGGCUCUUCUUCUGCUUGCGCUUUUAGCGGCGUCGGCGUUUGUAACGCCGGUUGAUUUGGGUGGCGGCGGCAGUGGCGGAGAUUUGGGCGGCGGAAGUGGCGGAGAUUUGGGCGGCGGAAGUGGCGGAGAUUUGGGCGGUGGAAGUGGCGGAGAUUUGGGCGGGGGAAGUGGCGGAGACCUGGGCGGCGGAGGUGGUGGAGACCUGGGCGGCGGCAAUGGCGGACAGCAGGGCGGACCCGGCGGACAGGGCGGACCCGGCGGACAGCAGGGCGGACCCGGCGGACAGCAGGGCGGACACGGCGGACAGCAGGGCGGACCCGGCGGACAGCAGGGCGGACCCGGCGGACAGCAGGGCGGACCCGGCGGCCAGCAGGGCGGACCCGGCGGCGGCCAGCAGGGCGGACCUGGCGGCCAGCAGGGCGGACCCGGCGGCGGCCAGCAGGGCGGACCUGGCGGGCAGCAGGGCGGGCAGCAGGGCGGACCUGGCGGCCAGCAAGGCGGACCGCAGGGCGGGCAGCAGGGCGGGCAGCAGGGCGGACCGCACGGCGGGCAGCAGGGCGGGCAGCAGGGCGGACCGCAGGGCGGACCUGGCGGACAGCAGGGCGGACCUGGCGGGCAGCAGGGCGGGCAGCAGGGCGGGCAGCAGGGCGGGCAGCAGGGCGGACCGCAGGGCGGGCAGCAGGGCGGGCAGCAGGGCGGACCUGGCGGACAGCAGGGCGGGCCUGGCGGCCAGCAGGGCGGCCAGCAGGGCGGACAGCAGGGCGGACAGCAGGGCGGACAGCAGGGCGGACAACAGGGCGGGCUGCAGGGCGGGCCGCAGGGCGGACCGCAGGGCGGGCAGCAGGGCGGACCCGGCGGCCAGCAAGGCGGACAGCAGGGCGGGCAGCAGGGCGGGCAGCAGGGCGGCCUGCAGGGCGGACCUGGCGGACAGCAGGGAGGACAUGGCGGACAGCAAGGCGGAUUCGGCGGCCAGCGGGGCGGUCAGCAAGGCGGACCCGGCGGGCAGCAGGGCGGACCGCAGGAAGGACAGCAGGGCGGACAACAGGGCGGAAAACAAGGGGGGCAACAGGGGGGGCAGGGCGGUGAUCAGGGAGGACAGCAGGGGGGACCUGGCGGGGUGCAGGGAGGACCUGGCAGUACACGUGCUCCGCGCCCCUGCACUCUGCGCUCUGCCCCCUCCGCCCCCUGCGCUUUGCCCCCUUCGCUCUGCGCUAUGCGCCCUGCGAUCUGCGCCCUAUUCUCUGCACCCUAUGCACUGCGCCCCAUGCUCUGCGCCCUAUGCUCUGCGCCCCAUGCUCUGCGCCCCAUGCUCUGCGCCCCAUGCUCUGCGCCCUAUGCUCUGCGCCCCAUGCUCUGCGCCCUAUGCUCUGCGCCCUAUGCUCUGCGCCCUAUGCUCUGCGCCCUAUGCUCUGCGCCCUAUGCUCUGCGCCCUAUGCUCUGCGCCCUAUGCUCUGCGCCCUAUGCUCUGCGCCCUAUGCUCUGCGCCCUAUGCUCUGCGCCCUAUGCUCUGCGCCCUAUGCUCUGCGCCCCAUGCUCUGCGCCCUAUGCUCUGCGCCCCAUGCUCUGCGCCCCAUGCUCUGCGCCCUAUGCUCUGCGCCCCAUGCUCUGCGCCCUAUGCUCUGCGCCCUAUGCUCUGCGCCCUAUGCUCUGCGCCCUAUGCUCUGCGCCCUAUGCUCUGCGCCCUAUGCUCUGCGCCCUAUGCUCUGCGCCCUAUGCUCUGCGCCCUAUGCUCUGCGCCCUAUGCUCUGCGCCCUAUGCUCUGCGCCCUAUGCUCUGCGCCCUAUGCUCUGCGCCCUAUGCUCUGCGCCCUAUGCUCUGCGCCCUAUGCUCUGCGCCCUAUGCUCUGCGCCCUAUGCUCUGCGCCCUAUGCUCUGCGCCCUAUGCUCUGCGCCCUAUGCUCUGCGCCCUAUGCUCUGCGCCCUAUGCUCUGCGCCCUAUGCUCUGCGCCCUAUGCUCUGCGCCCUAUGCUCUGCGCCCUAUGCUCUGCGCCCUAUGCUCUGCGCCCUAUGCUCUGCGCCCUAUGCUCUGCGCCCUAUGCUCUGCGCCCUAUGCUCUGCGCCCUAUGCUCUGCGCCCUAUGCUCUGCGCCCUAUGCUCUGCGCCCUAUGCUCUGCGCCCUAUGCUCUGCGCCCUAUGCUCUGCGCCCUAUGCUCUGCGCCCUAUGCUCUGCGCCCUAUGCUCUGCGCCCUAUGCUCUGCGCCCUAUGCUCUGCGCCCUAUGCUCUGCGCCCUAUGCUCUGCGCCCUAUGCUCUGCGCCCUAUGCUCUGCGCCCUAUGCUCUGCGCCCUAUGCUCUGCGCCCUAUGCUCUGCGCCCUAUGCUCUGCGCCCUAUGCUCUGCGCCCUAUGCUCUGCGCCCUAUGCUCUGCGCCUUCUCGCCAAACCUCCACCCGCCCCCCGCCCCUUUCCAACCCCUACCCCUCAUGGUUUUCCCCUUCCUCCCUUUCCCCCACCCGUUUUCUUCCUCCCACACGAGGCAGGGAGGAGGGUGGAGUGUCGUCCACUGCGGCAUGUCUCAACCUCUCUCCCUCUCCCACUCUCCCCCUCCUCCUUCCUUUCUCUCUGCCCGCCGCGCCCUUCCCCUGUUCCUCCUCGCAGGGGGGGUGGCGCACAACAUAGCGGAGUGCAUGGCAGCACUCUCCGCCGCGCCCUUCCUCAUCUCCGCUGUGGGGGAUGACGCUGCAGGCAGGUCGCACUGCUGCAGGCAGGUCGCAAUGCUGCUCUGCUCUGCUCCCCAUGCCACUUCCCUCCUCCUCUCCUGCUCCCCUCCAGCCUGCCACUGUCCACCCCCCCCUCUCUCACGGCCCUCUAGGCCCAUGGCCCUCCCUUUCUCCCCCUCUUCCCUGCUUCCCCACAUUUCCCUCCCUUCUUCACCUCAUUUCCCUCCCUGCUUUCCCACAUUUCCCUCCCUGCUUCUCCACAUUUACCUCCCUUCUUCACCUCAUUUCCCUCCCUGCUUCCCCACAUUUCCCUCCCUGCUUCACCUCAUUUCCCUCCCUGCUUCCCCACAUUUCCCUCCCUGCUUCACCUCAUUUCCCUCCCUGCUUCCCCACAUUUCCCUCCCUGCUUCACCUCAUUUCCCUCCCUGCUUCACCUCAUUUCCCUCCCUGCUUCACCUCAUUUCCCUCACUGCUUCACCUCAUUUCCCUCACUGCUUCACCUCAUUUCCCUCACUGCUUCACCUCAUUUCCCUCACUGCUUCACCUCAUUUCCCUCACUGCUUCACCUCAUUUCCCUCACUGCUUCACCUCAUUUCCCUCACUGCUUCACCUCAUUUCCCUCCCUGCUUCAUCUCAUUUCCCUCACUGCUUCACCUCAUUUCCCUCACUGCUUCACCUCAUUUCCCUCCCUGCUUCACCUCAUUUCCCUCGCUGCUUCACCUCAUUUCCCUCACUGCUUCACCUCAUUUCCCUCACUGCUUCACCUCAUUUCCCUCACUGCUUCACCUCAUUUCUCUCACUGCUUCACCUCAUUUCCCUCCCUGCUAUCCCUGUUUGUACCCUCCUGCUUCCCUCAUUUUCCCCCCAGCUUCCCCUCAUUUCCCUCCCCCCACCCCCCCCGCUUCCCCUCAUUUUCCCCGCUGCUGGCCCCUCAUUUCCCUCCCUUGCUUUCCCUCGUUUCCCCCCCUGCUUCCCCUCGUUUCCCCCCUUGCUUUCCCUCGUUUCCCCCCCUGCUUCCCCUCGUUUCCCCCUCUUCUUCACCUCGUUUCAUCUUCCUAUCUCACACUUUCCCUCUCCCCCUCUUCCUAUCUCCCCUCUUCCCUAUCCUCCCUCUUCUUACGGUACUUCCUUCUUUCCCUCUCAGCCCUGCUUCCCUCUUCCCCCUCUUCCCUAUCUCCCCUGUUUGACUUUAGUCUUGUUCCCCCUCCCCAUCCUUCGUAUUCCCUCCCUCUCCCUGGGUAG